AUGGCUUCAACCACCUAUUUAGCGCCCAGCAUAUUGCUUCAUCGCGGCUGGAAUGAAUCAAGCUAUGUGUGGUCCCCUUUUGUCACCAAAGUCGAAGCACGAAUGCGAUUUGCUGGACUUUCAUACAAACAAACAGCGGGGUCGCCAAGGACAGCCCCAAAGGGCAAGAUUCCGUAUAUCGAGCUAUCUCAAAAGGGCUCGGAUCCGGAACUGAUUGGAGACUCCUCUCAGAUUAUUGAGAGAUUGGUGAAUGACGGCUUGCUACCUGAUCUCAACGCGAAGCUAGGACCCGUGGAAAGAGCGCACGACAUGGCAUUAAGAGCCUUGUUGGAAGAUAAGCUGUAUUUCUACCAGGGCUACGAAAAGUGGCACGAGAACUACUACGCAAUGCGAGACCACUCUCUAUCCUCUAUCCCAUACCCCAUACGGAUCAUCGUGGGACUACUUGCAUACAGGAAAACAAUGACAACCUUAUAUGGACAAGGUUCAGGCCGAUUUUCUGGUCAGGAAAUUGCUGGCUUCCGAGAGAAUAUCUGGGCAAACAUCGAAGCCCUUCUUGUUGACUCUAGAAAGAAAUCGGCAGGGUCAAAGGAGGAUGCGAAGUGUUUCUGGGUAUUGGGGGGUGAUGGACCAUCAGAAGCUGAUGCGGUGCUCUACGGUUUCAUCAUUGGUGCAUUGAUAUGCUUUGCGGCUCCCGUUUCUCAGAGGGUAGUGAGGACUUUUCCAGUCAUCAAAGAGUAUGCUCAAAGGAUCCAUGAUCGAUACUUCCCAGACUAUACUGGCUGGAACGAAAGCUACCAUGGUGAUUGA